GUUUUCACUGAAUUCAUUGCACUGUGAUCCUAAUAACCUGCUCUCACUCACUGUUAACUAACUACCCAUCAUCCUUUGCUCCCGUCCAGCUGACCAGCUGCCUCAAUGUUGAUGUUGUUGUUUAUUGUUGUUAAUUGUUGUGUUGGUGCUGUUCUUGUUCCUGUGCUUUAUCCUGUGUCGAUGUGACACUCGUUCUCGCCCCCAUGACCGUGCCGCGGCUGUGCUGUGUAAAUCAUGCAUGGGCUUUGGGUGCAUGGGAAAUGAAGGGGUUACAUUGGCCAGCCUGAUGGAGAAGAAGAAGAAAGGGUUUAACUGGUUCAGCCAGUCCUCUGACACUCAUGCAAGCAUGCCGGUGAGUGAGACAGAAUCCAUGAAUACAGAAAAUGAGAAAGGAGAAGAUAAGGCAACAUGUUGCGGCCCAACAUGUCAAAAAAUUUCAAAAUCAAAGUUCAGUCGGCGCUGGCGUCGCUGGAACCGGUUGUGUCGAAGGAAUUGUCGUUUGGCUGUGAAAUCUGUGCCAUUCUAUUGGCUGGUGAUCAUCUUGGUGUUCCUCAACACUUUGACUAUCUCUUCAGAACAUUACAACCAGCCCCUGUGGCUCACGCAAGUCCAGGAUGUGGCCAAUAAAGUGCUGCUGGCCCUGUUCACGUGUGAGAUGUUGGUGAAGAUGUACAGUCUGGGUCUGCAGGCUUAUUUUGUGUCUCUGUUUAAUCGCUUUGACUGCUUUGUGGUGUGCGGAGGCAUCACAGAGACGAUCCUAGUCGAGUUUGAGAUUAUGUCACCUCUCGGCAUCUCAGUGUUUCGAUGUGUGCGACUUCUCAGGAUCUUUAAAGUCACACGUCAUUGGGCAUCUCUCAGUAACUUGGUGGCAUCUCUGCUGAACUCCAUGAAGUCCAUUGCUUCUCUACUGCUGCUGCUCUUCCUCUUCAUCAUCAUCUUCAGCCUCCUUGGUAUGCAGGUGUUUGGUGGCAAGUUUAAUUUUGACGAGACACAAACGAAGAGGAGCACCUUUGACAACUUCCCUCAGGCCUUGCUCACUGUGUUUCAGAUUCUGACCGGUGAAGACUGGAAUGCCGUCAUGUACGAUGGAAUUAUGGCGUACGGCGGCCCAUCAUCGUCAGGAAUGAUCGUGUGCAUCUACUUCAUCAUUCUCUUCAUAUGUGGAAAUUACAUUCUUCUGAAUGUGUUCUUGGCUAUCGCUGUGGACAACCUUGCCGACGCAGAGUCUCUGAACACAGACAGCAACGAUAAGAAGAAAGGUGAUGAAAAUGAAGAUGAUGCCAAGGCUGGAGAGGAGGAUGAGAAAGACAAUGCAGAGGAGGAUGAAGAUGAGCCGGACGUUCCUGCGGGGCCCCGCCCACAGAUCUCAGAGCUUGUUAAGAAGGAGAAAAUCACUCCAAUCCCAGAGGGCAGUGCGUUCUUCAUCUUUAGCAGCACAAACCCAAUUCGUGUCGCGUGCCACAAGCUGAUAAACCACCACAUCUUCACCAACCUCAUCCUUGUCUUCAUUAUGCUAAGCUCCGCCUCCUUGGCAGCUGAGGACCCAAUCAGAAACUUCUCUGCCCGGAAUAUUAUACUUGGUUACUUUGACUAUGCUUUCACGGCUAUCUUUACUGUAGAGAUCGUGUUAAAGAUGACCACAUAUGGCGCGUUUCUCCACAAGGGGGCUUUCUGCAGGAACUACUUUAAUCUUCUUGAUCUGCUGGUGGUCGGCGUGUCGCUGGUGUCCUUCGGAAUUCAAUCGUCGGCCAUCUCAGUGGUGAAGAUACUGAGGGUUCUGAGGGUGCUGCGUCCACUCAGGGCCAUAAACAGAGCUAAAGGACUGAAGCAUGUGGUCCAGUGUGUGUUUGUGGCUAUCAGGACUAUCGGAAACAUCAUGAUUGUCACCACACUGCUACAGUUCAUGUUUGCCUGCAUUGGUGUACAGCUCUUCAAGGGGAAGUUUUACCGCUGUACUGAUGACACCAAGUCCAGCCCAGAAGAGUGCAAGGGAAUAUAUAUCCUGUAUAAGGAUGGAGACGUGAACCUGCCAAUCAUUCAGAAGCGCCACUGGCACAACAGCGAUUUCAACUUUGAUAACGUGCUCAUGGCCAUGAGGGCUCUAUUCACAGUGUCCACGUUUGAAGGCUGGCCAGCGUUGUUGUACAAGGCCAUAGACUCCAACCGGGAGAACAUGGGUCCGAUCUACAACUACCGUGUGGAGAUUUCCAUCUUCUUCAUCAUUUACAUCAUCAUCAUCGCCUUCUUCAUGAUGAACAUCUUCGUGGGUUUCGUCAUUGUGACCUUUCAGGAACAGGGAGAGAAAGAGUACAAAAACUGUGAGCUGGACAAGAACCAGCGUCAGUGUGUGGAGUAUGCAUUAAAAGCGCGUCCUCUCAGGAGGUACAUCCCAAAGAACCCGUAUCAGUAUAAGUUCUGGUAUGUGGUGAACUCCACCGGCUUCGAGUACAUCAUGUUUGUCCUGAUCUUACUCAACACCAUCUGUCUCGCUGUUCAGCAUUACGGUCAGUCCGAGUUGUUCAAUUAUGUUAUGGAUAUCCUGAAUAUGGUCUUCACCGCCGUCUUCACUGUGGAGAUGGUACUCAAACUGAUCGCCUUCAAACCCCGGAACACUGAAGACAGCGCUCGCAUUUCAAUCACCUUCUUCCGUCUUUUCCGAGUGAUGCGAUUGGUCAAGCUACUGAGCAGGGGGGAGGGCAUUCGAACCCUUCUCUGGACCUUCAUCAAGUCCUUCCAGGCCCUGCCGUAUGUCGCUUUGCUAAUAGCCAUGCUCUUCUUCAUCUAUGCUGUCAUUGGCAUGCAGGUGUUUGGGAAAAUUGCCAUGGUGGACCACACACAAAUCAACAGGAACAACAACUUUCAGACGUUCCCUCAGGCUGUGCUUCUGCUCUUCAGAUGUGCAACAGGUGAAGCCUGGCAGGAUAUCAUGUUGGCAUGUAUGCCAGGGAAGCUGUGUGACCCGGAGUCAGACUAUAAUCCAGGAGAAGAGAUGACCUGCGGGAGCAACUUUGCCAUCAUCUACUUCAUCACCUUCUACAUGCUCUGCGCCUUCCUGAUCAUUAACCUGUUCGUGGCUGUCAUCAUGGACAACUUUGACUAUCUGACCCGUGAUUGGUCGAUUCUGGGGCCACAUCAUCUUGAUGAAUUUAAGAGGAUUUGGUCAGAGUAUGAUCCAGAGGCCAAAGGCAGAAUAAAACAUCUUGAUGUAGUGACGUUGUUGCGCCGUAUUCAGCCUCCACUUGGCUUUGGGAAACUCUGUCCUCAUAGAGUCGCCUGCAAGAGGCUGGUGGCUAUGAACAUGCCUCUGAACAGUGACGGCACUGUCAUGUUUAAUGCAACACUUUUUGCUCUUGUGAGAACUGCUCUGAAGAUCAAAACGGAAGGUAACCUAGAGCAGUCGAACGAAGAGCUCAGAGCUGUGAUUAAGAAGAUCUGGAAGAGAACAAGCAUGAAACUUCUGGAUCAAGUGGUGCCCCCUGCUGGUGAUGAUGAGGUAACGGUGGGGAAGUUCUAUGCCACUUUCCUGAUACAGGACUACUUUAGGAAAUUCAAGAAACGCAAAGAGGAAGGCCUGGUGGGCGUUCACCCAGCACAGAACAACACCGCCGUCGCCCUGCAGGCUGGCCUUCGUACGCUGCAUGACAUUGGGCCAGAAAUCCGCCGUGCGAUAUCAUGUGACCUGCAGGAUGAUGAGCUAGUAGACUUUAUGCCAGAGGAGGACGAAGAAAUUUAUAGGCGAAAUGGAGGACUCUUUGGCAGCCACAUCAACCAUAUAAAUGGUGAUCCCCGGAGAAGCUCCGGCCACCAGACAAAUGCCACACAGCGCCCCCUGCAGGUGCAGCCGCCCCCACAUUACGCCCACAUGGAACAGCCCGUGGGGCGCCUGGGUCGCGCCAAUGCCAUGGCGCAGCAAAACCAUCAUCGCCACCACCACCACCAUCAUCACCAUCAUCAUCAUCACAACUCCUACAACAAGUCGCCCAAGUCUACCAACAUCAACCUCAACAACGCCAACGUGUCCAGUCUACCCAACGGAGGACACAAUUGUUACUAUGAGCAUAUGCCCGCUAACGGUUACCCGGGAUCGUACUAUGGCGAAUACGACAAGCCCAGGACCCCACACGGGCAAAGAAGGCGCUACUAUGAGACGUAUAUUAGGUCGCAGGGCAGUGACAGAAGACGACCCACUAUUCGCCGCGAAGAGGAGUAUGAAGAAGAUCGUUACACUGGAGAGUACUACAGUGGAGAGGAGUUUUACGAAGACGACAGCAUGCUGUCGGGUGACAGGUACCCCAACAGUGACCAGGAAUACGAGACGCCACGGGGUUACCAUCAUCCUGACAGCUGCUAUGAGGAUGACGAGCAGCCCCUUUAUCACGAUUCACAUAGGUCACCAAAGAGAAGACUGCUUCCUCCAACACCGCAAGGUAAUCGGAGACCGUCGUUUAAUUUUGAGUGUCUGCGCAGACAGAGCAGUCAAGAUGAUCUUCCUCACCAGCGUACUGCUCUUCCAUUACAUCUCAUGCAACACCAGGUGAUGGCGGUAGCGGGUCUCGACUCCAGCAGGGCUCGCAGGCUUUCACCUACACAAUCUACCAGAUCACCUCCUCCCACUCCUGCAAGUAAAGACCGAACGCCGUACUACACACCGCUUAUCCGCGUGGACCGUCCUCUGAGGGACAGUGCCCACAGCAGUCACUCAUCCAUCCGGAAGAGCACGUGGUAUACAGAUGACCCUGAGUACCAGAGGAACUACUCACCCGUUCACCUGCAGGUCCCGCCCGAGUAUAGAAACCAGUACCACCAGAAGAGAGGCAGCGCUACCAGCCUGGUAGAGGCGGUCUUGAUAUCAGAAGGACUGGGUCGAUAUGCCAAGGAUCCAAAGUUCGUGGCCGCCACGAAGCACGAGAUCGCAGACGCAUGCGAGAUGACCAUCGACGAAAUGGAGAGCGCCGCCAGCCAUCUCCUGAACGGCGGCAUUACGCCGAGUGCCAACGGCGUCACUGUCUUUCCCAUAAUGGGCCACAGAGACUACGAGCUGCAAGAUGUCUCAGCUAGCUACAGUGACGAGGAACCAGAACCCGAACCCAGACCGCAGUAUGAGGAGGACCUGGCAGACGAAAUGAUAUGCAUUACCACUUUAUAGCACCUGAUAAGCGGCUACUGCUGUUCCUCAGAAAGUGAUCAGCAAAACAAACAAAUCGAAUUAUAGUAUAUUUACUGGCUUACUACCUAAAGAAGUGCCUUUACAGCAGAGCAGAAAGGCACCACAAGAACGGACGCAUCGGUGACACUCGCUCACUUCCUGUUCACACAGGAAUUUGGCAGUCGUGGCACCAGGGAGGAGCUAAGAAUCUCUGGAGGUAAACUUUAAUUGGCUGCUUGUACCGUCACUGCAGGAAAUGGACCAAUGAGCAGUGAGGGGAGGUACCCGGGGUUUA